CGUCGCUUACAAUCGAAUUUCUUAAACUAUUUUUAUCGUCGACGUCGGAUUGAUUCUUUUCUCUCGCCAAGUCGAGUAGCUUAUUUUGAAUCAUUCAUAUGAAAUUAAAUAUUGCAAACCCUACCACCGGUUGUCAGAAGCAGAUAGAGGUGGACGAUGAAAGAAAACUACGAGCCUUUUACGACAAGCGACUAGCUCAGGAAGUUCCAGGAGAUGCUCUCGGUGACGAAUUCAAAGGCUACAUUUUUAAGAUCAUGGGUGGACAAGAUAAGGAGGGCUUUGCCAUGAAACAAGGAGUCCUGACAACUGGUCGCGUACGACUGUUGUUGAAGAAAGGAGACUCUGGCUGUCGAGGUUAUGGAAUGAGAGACGGUGAACGAAGACGAAAGAGUGUUCGUGGUUGCAUUGUAUCCCCCGAUAUUGCAGUGUUAAAUCUCAUCAUUUUGCGAAAGGGAGAAGAGGACAUUCCUGGACUGACGGAUACAACUAUCCCGAGAAGACUUGGUCCUAAGAGAGCAAGUAAAAUUCGAAAGCUUUUUAAUCUUUCCAAGGAAGACGACGUUAGAAAAUAUGUAAUCCGAAGGGAGAUUACACCAAAGAAGGAAGGAGCAAAGCCUUAUUCGAAGGCACCCAAAAUCCAACGUUUGGUAACUCCUGUUAGAUUGCAAAGAAAGAGAAGACAAAAAUUAUUGAAACAGAGAGCUUAUGAGAAAUCUAAGCGUGAGGCUGCAGAAUAUGCAAAACUUUUGUUACAACGUCGUCAAGAGCAAAAGGAAGCCAAAAAGGCUUCAUUGAGCAGUCCUAAGAAAUAAUCUUUUCUAUGCGAGUAAUAAAGAAAUAU